GCCCGCCUGUGUCUCGAUGCUUGUGGUGAGAAGGUGAGGAGGAAGGCAAUCACACUGGAGAUGAAACUGAAGAUAAUUGCCCAGCGGGAAGGCGGCAAGCUGGUGAAGACUAUCGCCCGCGAGUUUGGACUCUCCCACUCCACCAUCUCCACCAUCUUCAAGGACAAGAAGCGGAUCAAAUCCUCGGCGUCGGUUCGAUCCACCAUCAUCUCGAUGAAGAGAACCGGGCCACUGGACGAUAUGGAGCGGCUGCUGGUGGCGUGGAUGGAAGAGCAGAUACAGAAGGGUUUGCCGCUGCGCCCACUGUCCAUCCAGGCCAAGGCCAGAAGCCUUUUCCACACGCUGGAACAGCGGCCCCGUGACCCAACGUACACGCACGUGUUCACGGCCACUCCUGGGUGGUUCAAGCGCUUCAAGAGGCGACAUAAUUUCCACCACGUGAUGUUCAACAGUCAGGCAGCCGGCGCUGAUGCUCGCAGUGCCGCAGCCUUCAAGGAAGAACUCCACGGGAUCAUUGCCGAUGAGAAGUAUUUGCCAGAGCAGAUAUUCAACGUGGAUGAGACGGGCCUGUUCUGGAAACGUAUGCCGGAAGGUACGUACAUCCACCAAGAGGCGGGAUUCAAGGCGUGCACAGACUGUGUAACGUUGCUUCUGGGUGGGAACGUUUCCGGCUUCAAGUUAAAGCCGUUACUAAUCUACCACUCGGAGAACCCUCCAGCGUUGAAGGACGUGAGCGAGCAUGUCUAUUAUCGACAUAACACGAAAGCCUGGAUGACAUCGGUGAUGUUCCAAGGCUGGUUUGUAAACUGUUUCAUUCCUCAGGCACGGGAAUAUUGUCGGCAAAGCCACAUCCCGUUCAAACUGCUCCUGGUCUUGGAUAAUGGCCCCGGACACCCGCCACAUAUGGGCGACCUGCACCCCAACGUCAAGGUUGUUUAUCUGCCACCGUACACCACCGCGCUCAUUCAACCCAUGGGUCAGGGGGUGAUUGCUGCCUUCAAAGCCUACUAUGUCGGCCAGAUGUUUGCGCAGGCUGUAGAGGCCACCCAAACUGGCCAGACUCUGAGAGAGUUUUGGAGAGAGUUCAACCUCGCCAACGCUAUCCGCAACAUCGCCGCAGCAUGGGAGGAAGUCACGCAGCCAUGCAUGAAGGGCGCCUGGAGACCAAUCCUCACGACACACGUCCACACGGUCGCAGACUUUCACAAAGACUCUGCUGUCGACGGCAUCGUUCGUGACAAGAUACUCGUGCUCGGCAGGCGGCUGGAACUGGACGUCGACAAGGACGACGUCCGUCAGCUGGUGGGCCUCGAGGCCGAGGAGCUUUCCAACGAGGAGCUGAUCAGGCUGGAGGAAGAAGCGGAGACGGAGGAAGAAGACGUUACUCCCCGGGCACCGAAAACCUUCACCGCGGAGAAGCUGGCGGCUGCCUUUGCUGCCAUCAGCAGCGGCAUGAAGAUGUUGGCAGACAUGGACUCCAAUCACCAGAGAUUGGCCAACACUGGCAGGCGGAUACAGGAUGCUCUCGCUUGUUAUAGACAAAUAUAUAAUGACAACAAGAAGCAGCUUGAUGUGGUCCUCUAAACCAGACUUAGCACAAGAUAGACAAUCUUCUGGUAGGUUAGGUGUACUAAAUGCAUUUCCCACCUGCGAUAUUAUCGCAACGUAAACCCCAUCGUAAGUUGAAGAGCAGCCGUGUUGUACGCCCUGCCUCUGGCUCGUUUGGGCCCUAAAAUCCUCUCCUUCCUGGAGUAUUGUGUGCAGUUUUGGCCUGUUGGCCUUCAUAACAAGAGGAGUUGAGUACAGGAGCAAAGAGGUCCUUCUGCAGUUGUACAGGGUCUUGGUGAGACCACACCUGGAGUAUUGUGUGCAGUUUUGGCCUGUUGGCCUUCAAUACAAGAGGAGUUGAGUACAGGAGCAAAGAGGUCCUUCUGCAGUUGUACAGGGUCUUGGUGAGACCACACCUGGAGUAUUGUGUGCAGUUUUAUAACAAGAGUAGUUGAAUACAGGAGCAAAGAGGUCCUUCUGCAGUUGUACAGGGCCCUGGUGAGACCACACCUGGAGUAUUGUGUGCAGUUUUGGCCUGUUGGCCUUCAUAACAAGAAGAGUUGAGUACAGGAGCAAAGAGGUCCUUCUGCAGUUGUACAGGGCCCUGGUGAGACCACACCUGGAGUAUUGUGUGCAGUUUUGCUCCCCUAAUUUGAGGAAGGACAUUCUUGCUAUUGAGGGAACCCAGCGUAGGUUCACCAGGUUAAUUCCCGGGAUGGCGGGACUGUCAUAUGUUGAGAGAAUGUGGAGCGGCUGUGGGCUUGUACACUCUGUGGAGUUUAGAAGGAUGAGAGGCGAUCUCAUUGAAACAUAUAAGAUUGUUAAGGGUUUGGACAUGCUAGAGGCAGGAAACAUGUUCCCGAUGUUGGGGGAGUCCAGAAAUAGGGGCCACAGUUUAAGAAUAAGGGGUCGGCCAUUUAGAACAGAGAUGAGGAAACAUUUUUUCUCAUAGUAAUUUGUCCCCCUUUCAUUGUCCUAUACAGGGACACAUGACAAUAAACUCACAAACUUGGGUCUGUGGAAUUCUCUGCUUCAGAGGGCGGUGGAGGCCGGUUCUCUGGAUGCUUUCAAGAGAGAGCUAGAUAGGGCUCUUAAAGAUAGUGGAGCCAGGGGAUAUGGGAAGAAGGCAGGAACGGGGCACUGAUUGGGGAUGAUCAGCCGUGAUCACAUUGAAUGGCGGUGCUGGGUCAAAGGGCCAAAUGGCCUCUACUCCUGCACCUAUUGUCUAUUGUCUAUUGAGUUUAUUCCUUGGAGCAUGGAAGGCUGAGAUGUGCAAGAUCACGAGAGGAAUAGAUCGGGAAGAUGUACAGAGUCUCUUGCCCAGAGUAGUGGAAUCAAAAACCAGAGGACACGGGUUCAAGGUGAAGGGGGAAAGAUUUAAUAGGAAUCUGAGGGGUAACUUUUCCACACUUUUCGAGGGUGGUGGGUGUAUGGAACGAGCUGCCGGAGGAGGUAGUUGAGGCUGGGACUAUCCCAACGUUUAAGAAACAGUUAUACGGGUACAUGGAUAGGACAGGUUUGGAGGGAUAUG